AGAUGUGGCGCUACAGACUCGGAUCAACAACUUUACAACGCGGCUAGAGGCAGCGGUAUUGCCGCAGAUUAUAUCCCCGCAGCCAUCGCAAGAAAUCAAGAUCGACGAAUGGCAAAUACCUGAGAACAUCAUGUUAGCCGAUCCAUCAUUCAAUCGUCCUGACAAAAUUGAUAUAUUGUUGGGGGCGGAAUUCUACCACCAACUGAUGGCAGCAGGGCAAAUCAAACUGUCAGAUGACCUACCCAUUCUGCAAAAUACAGUGCUGGGAUGGAUCAUCGCGGGAAAAGUUGGUGGCAACUACAUCUCAAAUGCAAUAUGUGGAAUCUGUACCAACGAUGACAUCAACUUAGAUGCAGCCAUUGCUCGAUUAUGGGAACUUGAGGAUGUUGCAACUGUAAGAAAACAACAUUCCGUAGCAGAAAAACAGUGCGAAGCUCAUUUCGCACAACAUAUACUCAUCAAUGAAAAUGGGAGAUUCAUGGUAAGGCUACCAUUCCAUGAAAAUCCGGAGGCCUUAGGGGAAUCCUAUGCGAUGGCGUAG